ACAGAGUUGGACAUGAAUGAGCGACUGAACUGAACUGAACUGAGGGUGUAUAUAUGUUAAUCCUUAACUUCUUAUUUACGCCCCCUCUUCUUUGGUAACUGCAAGUUUGUUUUCUAUGUCUGUGGGUCUGUUUUUGUUUUGUAUAUAGAUUCAUUUGUAUGAUUUUUUUUUUUUUUUUUUAGAUUUCACAUACCUUUUAAAGAGUGUUCUUCAAUAGGAACACCAACUUCAUUUGCUAAUGAUACUUUUAAAAUCUUUCCUUUGGCAGUGACUUUGGAAAACACUAUGUUGCAAAACAUGGUGUUAAGCUUGCACUGAUGAGGUAUUUCUGGAAUCCUCUUAGGUGGAAAACAUGGAACAGCUUGGGGACAUUUUAUUAAAUCCCAGUUUGCAUCUGGUUCCCUAAGGUCUACCUGAGUGUUCUGGAAUCCACAGGAAUACCAUUUACUUACCAGAUGGAAUUAUCCCAGUGUGGCCCCCCGGGGCAGAAAUGGAAUUUGGCAACGUGGUGUUGGGAAUUUGGAUCUACGUAUUGUAAGUUGAUGAUGGACAGGGAGGCCUGGCAUGCUGCGAUUCAUGGGGUCCCGAAGAGUCAGACACGACUGAGCUACUGAACUGAACUGAACUGAACUGAUUGUAAGUCAGUGUGGAGUUCUCAGAGUCCAAGACUUCCUUUAUCUGUAUAUUUCUUCUCCUGAUAGCAUACUUUCUUAAAAGAGAGCUUGGGAAGUUGCUUGUUAAGGCCUUUCCCAGAAUUCAGCCGUAUUCUCACAGGGAGGACUUAGUGAACACAGUAGUUAACUAUUGAGAUUAUUUUCAGAGGAUCAAAGGUCAUAUUAUAGAGUAAUGUGGUUUUAUAGACACUCAUUUCAUUUUCUUUGAUUCUAGAAUAAGGAAAAUGAAUGUAGAACUCUUAUUUCCAAACAUGAAAUGGUGAUUACAGGUACAAUUCCUUUGUGUAUUCUCAGUGUGUAAUGACAACAUUGGAAAGGAAAUUGAUUAGUAUUUCUAAAACAGCAGGAAAAUGAUUUCCUGCCCAAACAUUGAUUAAUCUUUGAAUAGGCUUUCUUAUAAUCCCUUUUUUCCAUAGACUGCAGGGUGCAGCACAGUCAUAUUUUAUGUGGAGUCAAGCAGAGAAACUACUUGCUGCGAUUAAACUUAUUGCUGCUUUUUUCAGCAGGUGGAAAUAGUUUUGUCUUCAGUAGUUAUCCUUUCCUGGCUUGAGAACACAUUGGGACUUCUAUAGUUUUAUUUUAAGAAACUGUUGUCCUAUAUUAUGACAUGUGGAAACAAUGAAAUAAUGAAAUUUUCUGAUGAUAUAUACUCCCGUGUUUGGCUUACAAAUAGUAACUUGCUUAGCAUCCUGGCAUGAAUGCUUUAAAAUCCUAUUAUCUGAAGCUCAUGUAAUAUUAAUUUGUUACUGGUUAGAGGUAAUAUAAAAUAUAGUGAAAAAGAAGACUGAAGUCUGUUCCCUCAGGGAACUUAAGAUUUAUUUGAGGACUUAAGACAUAGAAAUAGGAUAAAGAAAUAUUAGUAUGAGAGAGUUUAUAUUGAGCCCCAAAUGAGUGGUUUUGAAUAUUACAUAACCUAAUUUAGGACUUCAAAGGGAGAGAGACUUUUUAUGCAUCCUGAUGUGGCUGGUGACGACUCAUACAAGAGCUGGGCCUUGAGUUGGUCCUUGGAAAUAGGAAGGAUUCAGCCAGGAGGACAAGGGUAGGAGGGAUGAUGGCAUUACCAAAGAUGGCUGGACUGGAAUGUGCCUGCCUUUUCAACAACAGCAGCUGAAUAUGUAAAAUCUCGACUCCCAGAGGCCCUUAAGCAGCAUCUUCAAGACUACGAGAAAGACAAAGAAAAUAGUGUAUUGUCUUACCAGACCAUUCUUGAACAGCAGAUUCUAUCAAUUGACCGAGAAAUGCUAGAAAAAUUGACUGUAUCCUAUGAUGAAGCAGGUACAACGUGUUUGAUUGCUCUGCUAUCAGAUAAAGACCUCACUGUGGCCAACGUGGGUGACUCGCGUGGGGUCCUAUGUGACAAGGAUGGGAACGCCAUUCCUUUGUCUCAUGAUCACAAACCCUACCAGCUGAAGGAGAGGAAGAGGAUAAAGAGAGCCGGUGGUUUUAUCAGUUUCAAUGGCUCCUGGAGGGUCCAGGGGAUCCUGGCCAUGUCUCGAUCGCUGGGGGAUUAUCCACUGAAAAACCUCAAUGUGGUCAUCCCAGACCCAGAUAUCCUGACCUUUGACUUGGACAAGCUCCAGCCCGAGUUCAUGAUCUUGGCAUCAGAUGGCCUCUGGGAUGCUUUCAGCAACGAGGAAGCUGUUCGAUUCAUCAAGGACCGCUUGGAUGAACCUCACUUUGGGGCCAAGAGCAUCGUUUUACAGUCCUUUUACAGAGGCUGCCCUGACAAUAUAACAGUCAUGGUGGUGAAGUUCAGGAAUAGCAGCAAAACAGAAGAGCAGUGAACCCUUCGGGGUCUCAGCUGCCUUAGACUAAAGGACUUUCAACACACUGGUCUCUUUUAAUGUAGUGAAAGGUGUGGAGUUACAAUUAGGAUCAUCCAUCCCAGACAUGGGGUUCCCCGUCCCCAACUGUCUUAAGUCUAUGUGCUGUGUGAACAGAGGGUGCUCUUGGCCAAUGUAGUUGAGAUGCUGGAAAGUGGUUUCUUCGUGUUUUCCCAACUCUUUCAUCCAAUGUCCAAAUAUAUAUAGCUGUAGAGUCCCAUGUAUGAAGUGAAAGGUGUAUGUGCCAUAUAUUCUCCUUUGACAUUUGCUUUCAAGAUCCCUUACAGGGCCCUCCGAUCAUCAGACUUUGUGUCCUCUCGCUGGAGCAAUGAGCAGGGCAGGACUCCCAGGAGAAGCUGUGGGUAACUCAUGAGUCAGAGCCACUGUGGCCCCUUGCUGAGAGGCAGAGCUGUCCCUAGGGUGCUUUGUCCUCCUAAGCCCAGUUUUUCUGCUCUGCAGCAGCCCAGAAACAGAUUUGAAAAUGGUUUAUUAUUCCACAGCUGUUCUUGAAGGCUGAGGGAAGUGGGGAGGAGGAGAACCACGUGCACCCCUGAAGUCACCUUCCCCCGCCUUCAUUAGUUAAAGAGACUUUGUAUACCACCCAACCAGUCUUUGUGUGUUUAUCCUAAUCGUGCAUGGCCUUAACCUUUUGCUUACACCUUACCUAAUGGAAUAGGCAGCUGUUAAACUUUACCACCAGACACCGUGAUUUUUUUACAGUACCAAGUGGAAAAAAGCAAAUCGCAAUACCGUAAUUCCUUUUACCUUUAAGGAUAGAUGGGGAAAUCACAGCCAAAUAAGGCACAGCAUCCCCUGGGAAGUUUGCUGCUUUGCAUUGGUAGAGAAGGCUACUGAGGUUGCCUUCCUGACUUGAGUGCCAGCUGCCCGGUUUUGUGCAUUUCUUUCUCUCCAAGUAGCUUUUGAGUGUCUCUCAAGUGUUCUGAGAAGCAGCUGCAUAGAACUGCAUGUGUGCCCCCUGAAGCCAUUCAGAGUCCCCAGCCUCCUGUUGGAAUUUGGUAGUAAAUUACUGGGAUGUGCUUCUGCUAGAUGGUGGAAAGGCAGCAGUCUUUAAUGUUUGGUUGCAAACCAUUGAGUUAUUUUGGGGCCAGACCUGCUACUUUUCAUUUCUUAUCACCAAUGUCACGUUUCCAAUCUCAGUAUUUUAUUAUGGAAAAUGCUGGGCUCAAAGAGCCAAACAAGAUUUUCAUGGCAUCCCCACCCAGUCUGUGUCUGAAAAACCAGGGCAUCCACCUGGUUUUGUCCUUCCAGAGUGGGCAUUUGUCUUUAUGGCUUCUCCGAGGCCCCAUUCGCUGACCACCUCAUCCCCUGCCUUCUUCAAAUGUGGAAGGUCCUAGGAGAGAACUUGGGAGGAUGCAAAGAUCCCCUUGUGGCUGCCGAGGACUGGGAUCUGUCUGGAUCCCUCUGAGCUCUUAACCUUUCUUUAACUGAAAGAAUAAUGGUGUCCCAAGCGAUGUACUUACUUUUGUAAACUAACAUUGGAAUCUACGAUAUUAGAAUUAGAACCUUGGUUUUGGUUUUUUUAAGUGUAGCAUGUUCCAGUACAAAAUACCUGCCUCCAUGUUAGACUGGAGUCUCUGCCUCUUGAGAGGCACAACGUUUGGAUGUGUGUAUUUGAGGUGGGGGUGGGGAGGGAGUUGUGGGAAACAUGCUGGUUAUGACCAUUGAUGGGAUGGUCGGGCCAGGUGGCCUGAGUCUGGGGAUUCGGGACAUUCUGAUUAUGAAGUUACUGGAGCCCACCCUCUACCUGGAGUCCAGGAGUAACCAGUGUCAGCAUGUUACAGUACAUAGUUAAUUUUCCUUUUUCUAUUUUUAACUUAACCCAGAAUUCAUAAAUAACCAUGGAAAGACCUUUUUAAGUUCUGUGAUCACUGUUAUUGUGUAAAAUGAAAAUGGUACUGUUUUGGUGAAGAUGAAGAAGAAAAGCUACUAAAUUAGUAAAUCAGUGUUUCUCUGCCCUGUGAAAUGUUUUAGUAGAUGGUGCUGAGUGCAGGAGUGUGUGGCUUUCCCUCUGACUGAGGUUCACAAGGCAUCUUCUAAACUUUUCUUUGUAGAAAUGAACCCAUUCCUGACUUGAACCAAGUAGUGUGUGUAUUUUUUACUGCCUCUUUUUCUCCCAGUUUGGCUUGUAGAUUUUUGAAACAGGCAAAAAUAGCUGCAAUUUGAUGAAUAGUUAUGUCUCAAGUCAGGCUACUUUGUUCCCUCCCCCAUUAUCCUGGAGCUUGUUAGCUCUCUCUCUCUCUCUCUCUCAGCUGCCUCCAGCCUCUGGGGGUCUGCAGACCUCACCCGGGGUGCCCUGUGGCUCUUCAGCCAGCCGCCCCAUUUUCUAGGGACAGGAAGGUUGAGUCUAAUUAGGGAAACUGACUUGAGAAGUUUGCAUGUGAAGCUUCCUGAAAUAGCACUACCAAAGCUUUGGAACCAUCACCCCAGCUUCCCAGCCCGAGUUCGCGUUGCCAAUAGCCCCCAUGGUGCCAAAUUGUGGAAUGGUUUUAUAGUCUUUAAGAAAUGAAGCUGGGAACCAAUGAUCAUGUGCUUAUGACCCCCCCAGCAAGAUGCCAAGCCCAGGUCUUCAUUAAUGCGCUGCUUUCCUGCUGCUCUGGUGGCAAUUUGUACUCUUACAACGGCUCAGAAUUUGGUGGGGGGUGGGGGGUGGCGGGGAGGGGAGAAGGCACGGAAACUUUUUUUUUAAAAGUCACUGUAUUUGCAGAUCUCUAGUGAAAGGAAUAAAUAAUACUUACAUGGAAAAUUCUGAAACUAGCUCCCAAGACCAGCAUUUAUUUUAUGUGACCAACUUGCCCAAAGCACUUGACUCUGAGGUCACCAUUCUAACACAGCAUAACUGUACAUGUUCCUGGUAACCAAGGCUACAUUCUGUUCCUAGCCUUGGACUGAAGGCAUUGGCCUCUAGCGUCUUGUCUAUGUGGUAAGAGUAUUACAGAGUGUUUUACAGAGUGAAGGAGCAUAUGAAAGUGAAAGUGUUAGUCACUCAGUUGGGUCCCACUCUUUGCGACCCCAUGGACUGGAGCCUCCCAGGCUCCUCUAUCCAUGGGAUUCUCCAGGCAAGAGUACUGGAGUGGGGUGCCAUUGCCUUCUCCAGAGAUCUUCCUGACCCAGAGAUCAAACCUGGGUUCCCUGCAUUGCAGGCGGAUUCGUUACCGUCUGAACACCAGGGAGCCCAUGCAAUUUGGAUAUUUAAAAUGGGCCUUAUUGCAUACAACUGAUGUGAUUUCAACCCAUGAACAUUUUGUGCAGACAGGAUUAUGUGAGUGAUGGCAUCACCAACCCUAUCUCAAGUGGUUCUAGGAAGUUGAUUACACAAUUGAAUUGGAUCACUGGAAUGUUCAUCCAUACAUGAGGGAUUCACAAAGGGAGUGAUCACUUCUUCCUUUGCCAAGUAUACUUUGAUUUUCCUGACUCCCCCUCCCUCCCCCGAAUUGAUGCUAGAUCUAACUCUCUUGCAACUGGGAACACAGAAAGUUUAGAAAGGGCAACAGUUCAUUGUACAUUUGGAGGUACAGUAAUCCAUACUCUGGAUAAGGUUUUAUUUUCCAGUGAUCUCAGAAAAUUGUUUCCUUCUUUCGACCCAGUAUGAGACUGAUUUUGAUGUUCCCCUAAAUUGCCUUAGCUCAUCACACCAGCAUUCCUGACCUAGCUCUGCAGAAAUGACAUGACCAUUAGAUACCAUAAAGUAAAGUAAAAUAAAUUUGCUCAGUCGUGUCCAACUCUUUGCAACCCCAUGGACUGUAGCCUUCCAGGCUCCUCUGUCCAUGGGAUUUUCCAGGCAAGAGUACUGGAGUAGGUUGUCAUUUCCUUCUCCAGGGGAUCUUCCCAACCCAGGGAUCGAACCAUGGUCUCCAGCAUUGCAGACAGACGCUUUACCGUCUGAGCCACCAGGGAAGCCCAUUAGACUAGAGCCUUUUUAAUUGCCCCUGGAUUAACUCAUUCACAUCUAGACUUUGAAGCUAAUUAGUUGAGCACUGCAGGAGUGUUCCCCCAGCAUGUUCCACAGGACACAAGCUCCAAAGAUACUCUUCCUCAUAUAGGGUUCCAGGGUCAAAAGAAUUUUGGAAAACAUACUAUCUUAGAAAGUUAGUACAUUGAAGGUUCUAAUUUAAAUAUCCUCUGAAGAAAGCUAAAAAAAAAAAAAAAAAAAUACCGCAUAUGUAGUUCUAGUGUUUGCCAGAUUCAUCUGACCAUGGAAACUUUUUUUUGAGUAAUACCUAGUAACACUCCAAGAAGCCUGUGUUCCAUAGGAAGCCCUUUGGGAAAUUCUGCUCUAUGGAAAUAUUACUGUUUUCUCAUUCACUGUGACUCUUAGUGGUUGCAGCAUAGUUUGCCAAAUAUUUAGAAGCACUCAUCCUUUCAUGGAAGAGGCUGAUUUGUUAAUGAAAGCAGUAUUAAGAAAUAGUAUGAUUUACUUUGACCUUCAGCAGCCUCACAUUGAUAGUAGAAGCUUGGUGAUCUUGCUUGAAACUCUAAACAUGGGGUCCCUUCUUUUUGUAUGAAUAAUAAGCAAAAACCUUGCUACAGCUAAGGAUUUUUAAAAUUCGUUCCAAGAGCUUUUAGUUGCUUUUUUGAAGUUAUCUUUGCUUUUCAGGUAGAAUCAAAAUAAAUACUUACAUUUUAUCACUAUGUGAGAGUAAGAAAAUCUAUUUAAAAUAAUAGAAAAGGGAGGAUAGCAGAUUUGGUAUUAAUUCAUUUUUUAAAUUCUAACUAGACUUUUAAAAAUUAUGUAUCCAUUGUAUAAUAAUGGAAAUGUAAACUAUUUACAUUUAUUUACUCUCUUUUCUUAUUCAUUCUAAAAUCCCUAUCCCAUGUUGUCCCAUCUUUCACGUUUUAUAUAUAUAAUUAAGUUUGGCAAGUUAUUUCUUGCCUAAAAUGUAAGGCUUGACUAUAGCUCCAUAAUUGUCACUCUCAGCCUGGGUAAUAUGUUCAGAAAGCUCUGAGAGAGAAUCCACACCACAGAGGAAAUAAAUCUAGUUGAAAACAUGGUACAAAGUGAAUUUACAGUAAAGUCAUUAUCUUAAAAUUACAGCCAGUAUUUAGGAAUACACUCUUUCGUUUUUAUCCAAAAUAGCAUAAAACUGAAAGUAAGACCACUUAGACUAGGUGACAGAUUGCACAGAGCAAGUGAUUGUGAGGUUUCCAUUAUAUACCUGAUUCUAAACUUGUUUUCUAGUAUGUAAGUUUAUUUGCUAAUUCUUAAUAAUGUUGAGGCUUUGUCCAUUAUUUUUUAUUUUUACCACUGUUAAGCUGCAAACUGUUUAACCAAGGGUUGAUUAUGAUCAUGUUCGUGUGUUUAGUAAUAACCACACCUUCAUUUGUACAAUCACUUCAAUAAAUCCAAGUUAAGGACUUUGAA